GUUUGCUUCCAAACAGGCCCUCCCUGUCAUCGCUGGCUCUCUCCGUCGUCAACCCCGCGGCCGGACAUGGCGAUCUCCCGUCUCUAACCGCCGCCGAUGCAACCGCCGUCACCCCCGCGGCUGGCGAUGGCGAGGCAUCGCCGCCGGCCCCAGCCCGUGCCCUCCGCGCCCGCGUACCUCUCCACCGCGCUCUCAGUCCUCGCCCUCGCAGCGCUCGUCUACUCCCGCACCGCCUUCCCCCGCUUCCCCAACCAGCCCGCCACCCGCCGCUGCCGCCCCGACGCCGAGGGAUCCUGGUCCGCUGGAGUCUUCCUCGGGGACUCCCCCUUCUCCCUGAAGCCCAUCGAACACUGGAGGACCUCGAGCGACGGGGGAGCGGCGUGGCCGGUGGCGAACCCGGCGGUGACGUGCGCCGACGUGGCGGAGGCCGGAUUCCCCAGCAGCUUCGUCGACAACCCCUUCCUCUUCAUCCAGGGGGAUGCCAUUUAUAUGAUUUUCGAGACCAAGGACCCCGUUACAUCGCAAGGCGACAUUGCUGCUGCCGUGAGCAAGGACGCUGGUGCAACAUGGCAGCAGCUGGGUGUAGUGUUGGAUGAGGAGUGGCACCUUUCGUAUCCAUAUGUGUUUAGCUACGAAAAUAAGACCUACAUGAUGCCUGAAAGCAGCAAGAAUGGAAACCUUCGGUUAUAUCGCGCCGUGGAUUUUCCCCUUAAGUGGAAAUUAGAAAAGGUCCUUCUGGAGAAGCCACUUGUAGAUUCGGUCAUCAUAAAUUACCAGGGUUCCUAUUGGCUCCUUGGAUCAGAUUUAAGUUCUUAUGGUGCAAAACAGACAGGAGAACUCUGUAUUAUGUACAGCAGCUCUCCUCUUGGUCCUUGGACUCCGCACAAGCAGAAUCCAAUUCGUAACGUGGACAACAUGUCGAGUGCCAGAAAUGGAGGCAGGCCAUUCAUUUACAAUGGUAAUCUUUAUCGCAUAGUCAAAGACCGUGGUGGUGGCUCUGGCCAUAGUAUCAAAAUGUUCAAAGUUGAAGUCCUAACAGCAAAUGAAUACAAGGAAUUUGAGGUCCCGUUUGUUCUCGAAAAGCCUCUGAAGGGCCGAAAUGCAUGGAAUGGUGUACGGUCCCAUCACCUUGAUGUCCAGCAGCUUCCAAUAGGUAAACUUUGGAUUGGGGUAAUGGAUGGUGACAGAGUGCCCUCAGGUGACUCGGUUCAUCGUCUGACCAUAGGCUACAUGUUUUAUGGUGUUACUUCCAUUUUAGUUCUCCUGCUUGGUGGGCUUAUUGGUGCAAUCAAGUGCACCUUACCACUCAGAUGGCAUCUACCACAUACUGAAAAACGGAGUGACUCCUUCAAUAUAGGUCAGCAGUUCUUUCUAUACCAUAAGUUUAGUUCACUGAUCUCCUAUGUUAACAAGUUGGGAUCUCUUAUUGGUGGAAGAAUUAAUUACAGAACUUGGAAAGGCAGAGUUUGCAUAGCUGGGAUAAUAUUGAUUUUAGUAGUCCUAACUUGUAUUGGGACUCACUACAUCUAUGGUGGCAAUGGUUCAGAAGAUCCAUAUCCUAUUAAGGGCAGGUACUCGCAGUUCACAUUGUUGACCAUGACCUAUGAUUCCCGACUUUGGAAUCUGAAGAUGUUUGUGGAGCAUUACUCCAAAUGCACAUCUGUGAGGGAGAUUGUUGUGGUCUGGAACAAAGGUCGACCCCCAGUGCAAGGUGAAUUGAAGUCGAUGGUGCCUGUUAGGGUCCGAGUUGAAAAUAAGAACACUCUGAACAAUAGAUUCAACAUAGACAGAGAAAUCAAGACAAGAGCUGUUAUGGAGCUUGAUGAUGAUAUUAUGAUGACAUGUGAUGACUUAGAGCGGGGAUUCAAGAUAUGGAGGGAGCACCCUGAUAGGAUUGUUGGGUACUAUCCACGCCUUGCUGAGGGCAGGCCGCUACAAUACCGCAAUGAGAGGUAUGCUCGGCAACAAGGAGGUUAUAACAUCAUUCUAACAGGAGCAGCAUUUAUGGAUUAUGGGCUGGCCUUUAAGAGGUAUUGGAGCAAAGAGGCUGAGAUAGGGAGGCAGAUUGUCGAUACUCUCUUCAAUUGUGAAGAUGUUCUCCUAAAUUUCUUGUUUGCAAAUGCAAGCUCGACGAGCACAGUGGAGUAUGUUAAGCCAGCUUGGGCAAUUGACAUGUCUAAGUUUUCCGGAGUAGCCAUUAGUCGAAAUACACAGGCACAUUAUCUUGUUAGGAGCAAAUGCCUUGCUAAAUUUUCAGAAAUCUAUGGGAAUUUAACUGCCAAGAGGCUCUUCAAUAGCCGAGGUGAUGGCUGGGAUGUAUAGUGACAUAGAUAACUGGGUAGCUUUUUCUUGACACUUAAAAAAUUAGCCUUCUUAGCGAAGUUUAUAAGGUAGUCAAACUGUUGUCUGUUUGUACUAGUUUGGUAUAGCCCCUUUAUGUAAGUUUUCCGUAAUCUUUCACAUUCCAUUACUCGAUCAAUUUUGAAUGAACCUUUUCAAUUUUUAGUCAGAGUUGUUCUGGGUCUGCAAACUGUAACUAUUGUCACAGUGCAUGCAAUUGCAACUCUGUUCCAGAAUAAAUUAUUUGAUAUCCCUUCAGAUCACCAGAGGUUAUCAUGAAAUGUCCUGAUUUUAUUAAUAGCUACACAAUUAAUAGCUACCCUGAUAGGAUUGUUGGGUACACAUAAAUUUUAGUAAUGCUAUCAAAAAAAGAAAGACAGGAAAUUUAUGUGUACAAGUGUCAACUUAAUUCAAUGAGAGCUUGGUAGGUAACUUCAGAAUUGUUUGCUCCAUACUGUGCUUGCUCUUGCAUUCCAUUGCUCAAACCAUUUUGAAUUGAACCUUUUCUUUUGACCAAAAUGAAUUGUCCCCUUUUCAAUUGUUACCAGAGUGUACUGGUUCUGCAUAUAAUUAUUGUCACUGUAUAUGCAAUUGCUACUCUGUUCUCAGAAUAAAUGAUUUGAUGUCCCUUCAGAUCAUCAGAAAUUAUCUCCAAAUAUUCUCAAUUCUUUUAAUUUGCACAAUUAUGUUACAUGCAUAAUGAUAUCUGAGAAACAAAGGCAGGAAUUUCAUA